AUGGAGACCAAGGGAGCUGCCAGCCGCAAGAGGGCGAGGUCGAACAGCCGAGGCGGAGCUGAUGAUGGCGCUGCCAGCCCGGUGGCCGCCUCCGAUCGGUCCCACAAGAAGAUGAAAAUCGAUGACGACUCAUCGACCUCCGGCAGUGCGCAGGACACUACCCCUGCCGUACAGUCUGCGCCUGCAGUCUCGAAAUUCACGAGGAAGGGCAAAAUCUCGAUCAAUUUCGAAGUGAACGAUGAAGAUGCCAGCGGCAAGAGGCCGCAACAAUCUGCCAUCGCCGUCGCAUCGUCGACGGAGACGGUCACGGUGCAGCCCGCGAAAGCAAUCAUAUCAAAAUCUUCAUCAUCUGAUGAAGCGAAGAAGAAGAUGAAGGAGAAGAAGGUCAAGAAAGACAAGAAAGAGAAGAAGAAGGACAAGAAGAAGGACAAGAAGGACAAGAAAGAGAAGAAGUCAAAGAAAGACAAAAAGGAGAAGAAGAAGAAAGUGAAGGAGGAUGCAGAGAGCACAGACAACGACGACGACAAGGGAGACAGCAACGACGAGAAGGAAGUCACAGCGGCGAAGACGACCAAGUCGAAGAAGAAGGAGAAGAAGGAGAAGAAAGAGAAGAAGAGCGAAGCGAGCGCCAGCGAAGACGGAAAGAGGGUCCACGAGCUGCGGAAGCACGAGAAGAAGCUCGACCUGUCGCGCAGCGGGCAGCAGGACGGCGCCAACGCCGUCACCAACACCGUCGAGGUGGCCCACGUCAAGGGCCUCCACCCAACCAUCGUUCAGAAUCUGGAGCAGCAGUUUGGUAUCGCGCAGUUCUUCCCGAUCCAGGCCCAAGUCAUCCCCGUCAUCCUGCGCAGCACGCUGCUCAACCGGGUGGUGGUCCGGCUGCGCGCGCUGGUGAUCCUGCCCAACCGCGAUCUGGCGCUGCAGGUCAAGUCCGUCUUCGAUCUCCUGUGCGAGGGAACCGACCUCAAGGUGGAGAUUGUGGUGGGCCAGAGCUCCUUCCGCAAGGAUCAGGAAAAGCUGGUCCAGGGUGAGGAGGGACCGGACGCCGCGGACCUGCGCGGCGCCUCAACAAGCGAGGCCGAGGCCGGCGACCGCUCCGCGCCCGCGCUCAAGGAGUUGGUAGACAUUCUCAUCUGCACACCCGGACGUUUGAUGGAUCUGUUGAACCAGACGCGCGGGUUCACGCUGCAGCACCUGCGCUUCCUCGUGAUCGACGAGGCCGAUCGUCUGCUGGACCAGUCGUUCCAAGACUGGCUCAACAAGGUCCUCCAAGCCACCCACUCCAGCACACAAGGGCGGGUGUACGGAUGCGUCGACGAGACGGACCAGGAGGCGCAUCUCCGGAUCGAUGCCCGCACCAUGCGGCAGCUGACCAGCGUGCGGUCCGUCCACCUGUCGUCCACCGCCCUCCACUCCAUCAUCCCCGAAGAACCCGAACCCCUUCAUAAGUUGCUGUUCUCGGCCACGCUCACCAACAACCCCAAGAAGAUCGCCGCGCUUCGACUCAACAACCCGCACUUCUUUUCGGCCACCUCCACCGGCCUCUACAAGAUGCCCGAGAAGCUCCAGGAGUACAUGGUCAUCUGUAGCUUGGCCUACAAACCGCUCGUGUUGCUGUACCUCCUGGAGAUGUUCGACUUCAAGCGCACGCUGUGCUUCACCUCGUCCGUCGAAUCCACACACAGGCUGUACCUGCUGCUGACGCUGAUGGGCCAGACGGGCGUUGCCGAGUAUUCGUCGACGCUACCGCAGCGCAAACGCACGCAGAUCAUCGAGAAGUUUGCCAAGGGCGACAUCAAGAUUGUGAUCGCGUCCGAUGCUAUGUCGCGCGGGUUGGAUAUUGAGGACGUGGAGAACGUGAUCAACUACGACGUGCCGCCCUUCAUCAAGACCUACGUGCACCGUGGGCCGAACUGCGCGAGCAGGCCGGCAGGGCAAGACGUACACGCUCCUAUUGAAGUCGGAGGCGCACCACUUCAGGUCCAUGCUCAAGAAGGCCGAGCACUCCACCAAGGUACGCUGCGGCCCCGACCAAACUGCUGCCCCCCUCGAGGGAGGGAAGCACAGUGA